AUGAUUGUUUGGGUGCAACUCCCGGCGUUGAAAAUUCAUUUCUACCACAAGGAAGUUCUCACGUCUCUUGGAAAUCUCAUCGGACGCACCAUCAAACUCGACUACCACACUCUGAAUCAACAACGUGCGAAAUUCGCCAGACUGGCGGUGGAGGUGGAUUUGUCCAAGCAUCUGGUUCCCCGGAUAUGGCUGGAUGAUGCUUGGCAGAAAGUAAAAUAUGAGAAUUUGCCUGUGGUCUGUUUCUCCUGUGGUAAAAUUGGUCAUACCGAGGAAGAGUGCCCUGGGAAACGUCCGGCACUGCCACCGCCGGGGUACACCAACCCCAACCCUGCAACGCCGGUGGAAGGGACAACGGGGAAUCCGGAGGAGCCGAAUCCGGGUUUCGGGCCCUGGUUGUUGGUCACGCGGAGAAGCAGGCGGAAUCAAAGGGAGGGGGAUAGAAAAGGAAGGAUGGGGGAAGAGGCGGAUGCGACUGCGAUUGGCAAUCAGGCAAAUUCAGGAAAGUUGUUGGGUAAUGGUAGGGGAUCCUCCCCAAUUAGGGAAAGGGAGACCCAAUUUUUCUCUACCCAGAUACAGAGAUCGGCGAGUCAAGAAAAGAAAGCGAUUAGCGGAAAGAAAAAAGGAGAGGAAGGGAAUAAGGGGAAGGCCAAAGCUCAUUUAGAGGGUAGCUCAGCAGGGAAAGGGAUUCUGGGCUCGGGCCCUACUCGCCCCCACACCCAAGCUGUUGGGCCCAAAGCCAGUAGGAAUUCCGAGAAGCCAUCCACCUCGAACCCGCAACCUGAUGCCCAAGCGGAUCUUCUCAGCGAGUUUUCUGGGCCGACAGCAGCAGCCAGUCAUGUUGGGCCUGUCUCUAAGCCCACCACUCUCCCUCCUCCCCCUGCAACCCAAACGGUGAUCGGGCCUAAUGGAACGAAAAUGCAAAUUGUGGAGCUCCGCCCGUCGAGCGAUACUACCCAAAGCUCACCGCCGGCGAUAGCUCGCACCAAGAAGAAUAAAAACAAGAAAACAGCUCCUCUAAGAUCGCCGAGUAAACUGAUUUCGGCGAAGGCGCUUCAAGUGUGGACUCCCAAGAAGGAUCGAAAGUCGAAAUUAAAGACUAGAAUGGCUUCUCUUACUCUUCAAGAGAUAGAUGCCUGGACCAAGGUAGCCCAACAAUCGACAGAAAGUAGAGGAGCUGUUGGUGAGGCAAUCUGUCAAGAGGGAGCUGGCUCGGAUGCCGCUAUGGCGGCAGUGGCCACCCAACUCGACGAUUAA